AUGACAACAUCGAUUAAGUGGGAGGAUUUUCCGGCUCGUUUCCAACGGACCAUAAAUCAAAAUCGACGGCUAAUCGCUGCCGCAAUGGACAGCACCCGAAAUUGGAUUUGCUAUCUGAUGGCAGGCGUGAGAGCGGAUCCUUCGACAUAUGCCUUCAUGGAGUGCUCAAAAAUUACAAAGAAAUCUAUGAAAAUUAUGGUCACUGACGUCACUGCCAGCUUUCCAUUUGGACGUAUGGUGCAUUCAGAAGUACGCUCACUACGUCACGACGCGACUGGUGACAACUGGCUGUUUCUGGUUGGACGAACUCGCCUGAUUAUUUGUAAAAAUGAAGUGCCUGUAAUGAAACACUGCCGAAUAGUUGUCGAUGACCUGGACAUUGAGGAUUUUGUUGUGGAUACAUCGCUAGGCCUGAUUUUCUAUUCAACCAGUGGACGUAACGGUAGUGUAUGGCAGGUACGGUACAGUAAUCGUACCAAGAUCAACAUGUCAGAGCGGGUUCUUCCAAAUGCCAAGCGGUCUCGCAGUGGAUCCGUACUCUCAGACAUUGUACUAUGGCGAUCGAUAUUUUGA